AUGAUCACCCUAUUUCGUAUUACCACUCUCAGCCAUUCCAGCCAAAGCAUUGCUUUCAGUUUUCUGUUUCCGGCCUUCACGAAACAAGGCGUGACGUCUGAAGUGUCGAAGCCGUUUUCGUACGUAGGCCUCAAGUGGCUGCUGAGCAUACAGAAGAGCAAGAACAUCCUCUGUCCGCAUCUGAUCCUCCCUGACCUCAAGGAUGGCAUUACGGUAGUCGUCGACUGCACAUUCACGUUGAUGAACACUGAAUCGUUCACGAGAAAUGAACUCUUCCACGCAAAAGGCUGCGAGUUCAACUCUGCGAACUCGUCGCAUGGCAGCGACAUUUUCAUUCACGUCGAGGACAUCGCGGAGAGAAAAUUUCUCAGCUACGAAAACAUCUGCGUCCUGGAACUGACUCUUAAAAAUCCAAAAAUCCUCUUUCACAGCGUUCUGAUCUUGGAGCACAAGCCGCAGGCCCUGGCUGCCAGAGGAAGACGAGACAAGAUGCUGGAUUUCCGCUGUUACAACACUGAAAAAUUUCACUAUGGCGAUUUCGACUGGUAA